AUCUACGGCAAGGAAAAGGGAAAGACAAUAAAGAACCUUGACCAAUACCUUAUCGCUUCGUCUCUCAGUCACUCUCAAUCAGCCAUUUCCAGGAAACAACUGAAGAAGACGAUUAUUUCAACUUUAUAAACCUAAAAAACUCACUGCCUCAUCAAUUACCGCUCCUCCCCUUUCGUUUUACCUUCUUCUUCUUCUUCCCUCUUUUCAGCUCCUUCUCCAUCGCUUGCUUUUCCCCUGUUUCUUAGCUUUUCUUACACCUGAUCAUUCUAAUCUUGUGAAUCUGUUGGCGUAGAUGACAAUGGAUCCAAACCUUAACGGUUUCCCACAUCCUAGUGUUGAUUAUCAAACCCCUUUAACCCAAUUCCAUGAUCAAACUUCUUUACCCACUUCAUAUCUAUACCCAGAACUCGAAAACACUUUUGUAUUCAACCACCCAUCUCCAGAUCUUGUUCCUAUUUUCCCCAACGAACCAAACCCUAAAAAUUUAUCAGCGGCGGUGGAGUUGAAAUUAUCUGAAAUUGGGCGAAGCCCAGGUGGCGAUUCUUCCUCAGACGAGAGUGAUUUCAAGGAAAGUGUUCUCAAGUACAUAAGUCAAAUGCUUAUGGAAGAGAAUUUGGAGGAGAAGCCUUGUAUGUUUUAUGAUCCAUUGGGGCUUGAAGUUACAGAGAAAUCAUUCUAUGAUGCUCUUGGUAAGAACUACCCUCCUUCACCUAAUCAACCUCCUUUAUUGGAUUGUGACAGUGAUCUUGGUAGUACUAAUGUUAGUGUUGGCAAUAGCAAUUCCCCUGACCCACAAUGGGUUGUUGAUCCUGGUGAACAUAAAUCCUCUGUACUUCCAAGGCCUGUUCUUAGUAACUCGUAUCAAAACAGUCAUGAGCUGGUUAAUGAGUUGCUGGCUCACAAUAUCUUUAGUGAUAGCUCAUCUAUAUUGCAAUAUCAAAAGGGGUUGGAGGAAGCAAGUAAGUUUCUUCCAGUUGGUACUCAGUUGAAUAUUGAUCUUGGCACUGGGAUGAUGUCGGGAGUAGUUUCUAAGCUAAUGGAUACAACAGAGAAGGAUAAAAGGGAGAAUUCGCCGAAUGGAUCAAAGAGAAGGAAGAGUUAUGAACUUGAAGAUGUAGACCUGGAUUCAGAAGAAGGGAGGAGAAACAAGCAACAUGCUACCAAUAAUGUAGAUGAGGAAGAAUUAUCUGAUAUGUUCGAUAAGGUUUUACUUCAUGAUUGUGGAAAUGAGACUGUUGCAAAUGGCGGGUGUGAAAAAUUUAAUAGAUCUAUUACUCCGAAAGCUCGAGAAAAGAAACAGGAGAAGAGAAAAGACUCUGUGGAUUUGAGAAACCUUUUGAUAUUAUGUGCACAAGCUGUGUCUUCUGAUGAUCGUCGGAUUGUGUAUGAACUACUUAAGCAGAUUAGGCAGCAUUCUACAAUCAUUGGGGAUGGUUCUCAAAGAAUGGCUCAUUUCUUUGCCAACGCUCUUGAGGCUCGCAUGGUUGGGACUGGCACAGGAAGUAGAAUCUACUAUGAAUCAUUAGCUCAAAGCAAAAUUUCAGCCGCUGAUAUGUUGAAAGCUUACCAAGCUCACUUAUCAUCCUGCCCUUUUAAGAAGCUCUCACUCUUUUUCAUGAUUAAAAUGAUUUUGAAGGUUGCUGAGAAUGCAAAAAGUCUUCAUGUUAUUGAUUUUGGCAUUUGUUAUGGUUUCUUGUGGCCAAUGUUAAUUCAGUUUCUUGCACAACUACCUGAUGGUCCGCCUAAGCUACGCAUUACUGGUAUAGAUCAUCCUCUACCAGGAUUUCGUCCAGCAGAAAAGAUUGACGAGUCAGGCCGUCGUUUGGAAAAAUACUGCGAGCGGUUUAAAGUUCCUUUUCAAUAUCAAGCCAUAGCAUCAAAUAACUGGGAAACUAUCCGAGUUGAAGACUUAAAGCUUGAUAGCAAUGACGUGCUCGUUGUGAACUGUUUCUACAGGUUUAACAACCUACUUGAUGAAACAGUCGAAGAAAGUAGUCCACGGGAUGCUGUUCUGCAUUUAAUAAGGAAGAUAAAUCCGAACAUCUUUGUCCAUUCUGUGGUUAAUGGAUCCUACCAUGCGCCCUUCUUCAUAACACGAUUCAGGGAAGCACUCUUUCACUUCUCUGCAUUAUAUGAUGCUUUAGACGUUAAUUUACCUCGCGACAGCGAAGAGAGGAUGAUGCUAGAGAGAGAGUUUAUGGGUCGGCAAAUUAUGAACGUUGUCGCAUGUGAGGGUGCUCAGAGGGUUGAGAGGCCGGAGACCUAUAAGCAGUGGCAGGUUAGAUGUAUGAGGGCAGGUUUCAGGCAGCUUCCUUUAGACAAGGAGAUCAUGAACAAGUUUAGGAUCAAAUUAACAUCCUAUUACCACAAAGAUUUUGUACUAGAUGAAGAUGAGGGCUGGAUGCUUCAAGGAUGGAAAGGUAGGAUUGUCUAUGCUUCUUGUUGCUGGGUGCCGGCAUAGAUGUAUUGCUUGCCGUAACUUGGGACCGGAAAAUGGGACUCAACAUUGUCAAGAGAUGCAUUCAAUUCCCUUGCCGCUGAUAAUGAUCAAGGCAGACCUAGUUUGUGAUAUCUGUAUUUCUCUCUACUGUGAGAAGUUUUGAAGGUAAUGGAAGGAUACAAGAAGGCCAAGUUCUGAAAAAAGAGGCUGUCCUUGUCUUAGUUUAUUUCACUUGUUAGAUCAGUGCAAAGCAUUACCUUAUAAGCUUAAUAGGUACUAAGAGACCAGUGUACCUUUGCUUUGUAUAUAAAAACGGUAGAUGAUCAGUAGUUUGAGUCUAUUCCUUAUCAAAGAAAGGUCACGCAGGGCAUCUCAAGAAUUUUGUUUUCUGAUGACCAUAGGGUUGAUGGGUAUAGUACCUGGGAGAAUCUUUUGAUAUGAAUGUCAGAUUCAAAUUCUGUUGCCCAUGAAAUAAUUAGAGAUUUUUGUCAAAGAUGGAUAACAUUCCAUCUCGAAUUCAAAAUCUUUCACAGUUGUUGAUGGAUGUACUUGAUGGA